ACACACACACACUCAGGCACCCGCAAGCACAUACGCAGCGCAGCCGAGCGUGACCGAGGCAGUCGGCGUGAGAAAGCCAGGAGAGCAGCGUCGUAGAGCCGAGAGAGAUAUUAAAAAAAAGACACCGGACCUGAAGGUGUCUGCAACACUUUAAAAAGAGUGUUCUCCCGAGACACAGCAGCUCAGAGCUGUAAGGGAGUCUUAAGAGAGACCGAAGCAGGCGCAUGAAAGCUGAAAUACUUGACUCGCCAGGCAGAGAAAAACAUGGCCAAAGUCACAGCGGAAGACUCCUUGUUGCGGAACGGGUUUCUCUAAUGAAGGAUGCGGGUCAAGGUCGUCCAAGAGGCUGCUCAGCUGUUCCAGGAGAAACGCCACGGCUCUUCCAAAGGCUGUCGAUGAGCGAGGUGGAUGAGCGGGUGCGCCUGCGAGCGGAGAAGGUGUACGCCUCGGCCCUGAAAGAGGAGGACACCAAGGACGCCCUGUCCCUGUUCAACGUGCCGGAGGACUGUCCCAUCGGCCUGCACGAGGACCGGGAGCGGGCGCUGCAGAGGGAGCUGGCGGCGCAGCACUCCCAGGAGUCGGCGAAGAAGAAGAAGAGUUUCAAGUUGAAGCGUUCGCAGUCGGUGUCUUCGCAUGUGCCCGACGACGUCGACUGGGCCCAGUCUUUGGCGUCCCCGGUGUUCGACCCGACGACGCAAGAAGCUUUUCCCGAAGAGGACUUUCCAGACUUCCAGAGAGUAACCAUCAGUGGAGAUUACUGCGCGGGGAUCACAGUUGAGGAUUAUGAGCAGGCAGCCAAAAGCCUCCUCGGGGCCUUGUUCAUCAGGGAGAAGUACUCCAGACUGGCCUACCACACCUUCCCCAGGACCGCGGCCCGAUUCCUCCGCAACGCCGAGAAUCAGAAGUGGCGUGAGGAGGAUGAGAUCAUGCCAGACAUCUGGCCUUUCCCUCGUGGAGGGGAGGACCCGUACUCCACGGAGGGUAUUCCCGAGGACCUGAACUACGAGCUGCAGAUGAAGGACGGCAUAGUUAAUGUUUACGACGACGCCGAGGCCCUGGAACAACAGCGGCCCCACAACCUGCCUUACCCCGACCUCGAGACCUUUGCCAUCGACCUGAGCCACGUCCUCGCGAUGAUAGCCGACGGCCCCACGAAAACCUACUGUCACAGACGGUUGAACUUCUUGGCCUCUAAAUUCUACCUCCACGAAAUGAUGAAUGAAAUGGCGGAGCUAAAAGAGCUGAAGUGUGUUCCACACAGAGACUUCUACAACGUCAGGAAGGUGGACACGCACAUACACGCUGCAGCUUGCAUGAACCAGAAGCAUCUGCUGAAAUUCAUAAAGACCACGUACCAGACGCAGGCGGACCGCGUGGUCUUGGAGAAGGGCGGCCAGAAGUUCACGCUCAAGGAAGUCUUCGACAACCUCAACAUGGACCCCUACGACCUCACCGUGGACUCUCUGGACGUGCACGCUGGAAGACAAACAUUUCACCGCUUCGACAAGUUCAACUCCAAAUACAACCCGGUGGGAGCCAGCGAGCUGCGAGAGAUAUACUUGAAGUCAGACAACUACAUCGAAGGGGACUACUUUGCACGUCUCAUCAAGGAAGUGGCCAAAGAGCUGGAGGAGAGCAAGUACCAGCACGCCGAGCCACGCCUGUCCAUUUACGGCCGCGCCGCCAGCGAGUGGGAGAGCCUGGCGACCUGGUUCAUCCAGCAUAAGAUCCACUCACCCAACAUGAGAUGGAUGAUCCAAGUUCCCAGGAUCUAUGACAUUUUCAAGUCAAAGAAAAUUAUACCAAACUACGCCAAGAUGCUGGAGAACAUUUUCCUCCCACUCUUCGAGGCUACAGUUAAUCCCCAAAAGCACAAAGCAACUCACGUUUUCUUAAAAUAUGUGACAGGAUUCGACAGCGUGGACGACGAGUCCAAACACAGCGACCACAUGUUCUCUUACAAAAGCCCCAAGCCUGAGGCGUGGACCACAGACGACAACCCUCCCUACACCUACUACCUGUUCUACAUGUACGCCAACAUCAUGGUGCUCAACAACCUGCGCAAGGAGCGAGGACUCAACACCUUCCAGUUUCGUCCCCACUGUGGCGAGGCCGGAUCCAUCACCCACCUGGUCUCCGCCUUCCUCACGGCGGACAACAUCUCCCAUGGACUCAACCUCAAGAAGAGUCCAGUGCUGCAGUACCUGUACUACCUGGCCCAGGUCCCGAUCGCCAUGUCCCCGCUGAGCAACAACAGCCUGUUCCUGCAGUACUCUAAGAACCCGCUACGAGAGUUCCUGCAGAAAGGCCUGUGUGUGUCGCUGUCCACUGACGACCCCAUGCAGUUCCAUUACACCAAGGAGGCGCUGAUGGAGGAGUACGCCAUCGCGGCCCAGCUGUGGAAGCUGAGCACCUGUGAUUUGUGCGAGAUAGCCAGAAACAGUGUGUUGCAGAGCGGACUCUCGCAUCAGGACAAGAAACACUUCAUUGGUUCAAACUACCUGCAGGACGGACCGCAGGGCAACGACAUCCGGCGGACAAACGUGGCACAAAUCCGCGUGGCCUACCGCCACGAGACUCUGUGCAACGAGCUCAGUUUUCUGGUGGACGCGGUGAAGACGGAUGUUGAGACCACCAUACCCGAGUGAUUUAACACACAAGCACAAACGAUGCCCGAGUAUAUCCUCAGCUGUUAGACAGCAUUUUUUUCUUUCUUUUUUUACAUAUUCUUGUGAAACUUUUGGAGCCAGAUUUGACAAAAGGGGGUUCUUUCUAUUUUAUGUUCACCUUGGUGCAGUAAUCUGUUGUGUUACUGGAUUUUGUUGACACACCAAACCCAUAAGUGCACACGGCUGAUUUAGAAUAACACAUUCAUUCAGAAGCUGAAAUUAUUAUAUAUUAUAAUUAUUAUUAUUAUAAUUGGUGAAUGCAUGUUAUGAAGGCCUUCAUCUGGACUAAAAAAUGAAAUUUAGAAAAAAAACUAUUCAAAGACAAGGGCAAGUGUGAGUGAGCUUUGAAACCGAUUGUAUACUCGCAACUGUGAAAAGACUACCUUGUAACUAUUUAUCUUUUUUUAUGAUUGUCAUUUCUCAUAAAUUUUGAUAUGUAAAUAAAGGCUGCAAAACAGUCCA